AUGAAUUCCGACAGUGCUCGUCGGCAAGCUGCAGAAAUUGAAGCGUUGCAGGCAAUAUAUGCAGAGGAUGGAGAGUUUCAGCUGUUGCAGGAGCCGGCAGAAGGACAAGACGCAGGUGCAUCCUUCAAGAUUCGCUGUCCGGAACCAGUUGGUGGUUUGCUGGUCUGUCUGCCUGCUGCAUAUCCGGCCCAAGGUCGUCCCGCUUUCAUCAUGGAGAGGAAAUGCGGCGCUGAUGCAGAAGCAGUGCAGCUAGGCCUGCAAGAACUUGCAAAUGAACACCUGGGCGAAGAGUGCAUCUUUGAAGUCCUGUCCAGGGCGACUGAGGUGCAACUUUAG